AUGCCUCGAUCGAAGACAGGGCCGCGUGCCCAAGAUCAAAUUUUCUUCAACGGCGAUGACGUUCAAGGGCUGGUGACGACUGUGGCGCGGACUGCAAACGACCAUGCCAAGGGCCCAAUUCUUUGGGCACUGCUUCCAAUAUCCUACUUUGAACCUGGUCUUCAACUCACCUACACUUGGAUGUCAAAUCUGCCCAUCGAUCGGUCGCAGGUCCAGAUGUGUGCGGACGUCCCAUUCACCUCCGGCCUGGUUGAAGAGCAACCCGGACGACAUCUCGGAAGGUGGGUGCGGGCGCGGAAGAGGGUCCUGUAUUUACAUCACCAUCCUUCCGGAGAAGUUUUCAGGUCCCCAGGUAAUCAAUCACCUGGCUGCGUGGCGUUUGGACAGCGUUCCCGAUACGCCGUGCCGGCGUCGUCAUCCUCCUUUGACUGGCUGUCAUUCCAGCGAGCAGAGAUGGUCAUGGUUUCUGCUCCAUGGUUUUUGCUAUGGAGGGUGCGGAAGAGAGGCAAUAACAGAGCACUGCUAAAGGGUGUUGGCAGUUCGACGAGGACUAUCGAGCCUUUCCCUGCCGGUUUGGUUGCCAUUGUCGAACUGAUAAACACCAUCCACUUGGACGAACACGGUAGCCCUGCGAUUUCGAUGUCUUGGGCCCCUGGUUUACAGUAUCUGUCCGUCUUGCCGCCACGACAAGCCACGCGACAUCUAGCUAAAGCCCUGCGACCCACCGAGGCAUCGUUGUACCUAAGCCAGGUCCAGUCUCACUCUGUCGGAGAACGCGAAAACGUAGGCAUGCACGAUCAUCUCAAUUCCACAAGUCCAGGCAGCUUAUCGGAAUCCCAAACAAUGCCGGUUGGUAGUCAGCCCGAUGAAAUACAAGACAUGCGCGCCCUGCGCGACCAGAUAUCGCCGGCCGGCCGGCAAGGCUCGACUUUGAAGUAUGUAGAGUACCACGAGUACCAUCAAAGUGGCGUGCUGAGAAGGAUGAAGGCGCACCUUGGUCUACGCAGUCUGCAAGACGGCCGGCGAGCAAGGGGCGGGGCCAUGCCCGCUGUGUCGGUAACUUCAACUUCCUUCACGAACCACCUCCCCUCCAUUAUGACCUCUUCUGCUGCCUACGGCGGUCAUAUGACUCAAAGGCGUACAAUUGAUAGUUGCCAGGAUUAUAAGCUGUCAUCUUCGAAGCAUCCUUUGUUUACUGGGAUAAUAUCAGGCAAACAGCUGGCGGUGAAGAAUUGCAGCCUUGGCCGCGAAAACACCAACGUCCCAACAUGGCCUGCAAGGCCGAGGCAACCUGCAUUCGCAAUUGCUACGACUCAGGUUGCGCCUUGCAAGAUCAUAACCCCAGCCACCAUUCGCUCACUUGGCCAUAUUAUGCGAGGAAGAACUGUGCCGUUCAGGUGCAGCAUCGAUUACGGUACAAUAGACGUGUCCACAAGAUCCUUUAUUCGUCUUGGUGCGUAUUUGGACCAACGAAAAGAUGAGGAACUCAGUCCUUCCCCAACGUAUAGGCGGUUCGACAACAUCGACUGCAGCUCCCUCCGGAACUCGAUGGAAUGGCCCACGGCGUUUAUCGGUUUUCGAAUCUGUCAGAUGGCACAUGGCUUGCUCCGUGACGGCCAGCUGCGAACUCCUACUCUGCACUUCAUGCGCAUCAGACCAUUAUUCAAUGCUACAAGCUACGAUAGAGGCGCCUCACUCAUAUCAGCCUUGCGUCUACUAAGAUCUGCACGGUUGGUUCGCUCUCUCCAACGGCCCUCGGACAUUGACGUCCUCCCCACGCAACCUGCCACACAAGCGAUCCGGCUUGCUACGCCUCGCGAAUACACGCUAGCCUCCGGAACACGAGACGAUGCCAAGGUCCGUACGGAGGUGAAGCUAAUCUUGUGGCCGGUCAGGCUUCCGAAUCAGUCGGUCGUCCGCCGGGCGAAGCGGGGCCCGUACCGAGGUCUUGGUCGAUUUGACUCUUUCCGAGUUGUUACUCUUUACUUGAAGCUGAUCUGCUGCCUUUCGGACCCAUCCUAUCAGCAUCGCCACCCCCGUUGUCUCGAUCAGUCAUUUCCUCAGCAACAGACGACUAUUUGGGAAUGCUGCGUCACUUACUCACUCAACAUCCGACAUCAAGCCCACCUUGACAGUCGCAAGAGCCUACAUAACAAGUACGGAGUACGGGUUGAGGAUUUCGCAGCAUCAGUGGCCUUGGGUACAACGGCACGAACUCCCGGUGAAUGGGACCUGGUUUGGAUAUGGGCCCCCACUUCACUACCAAAGAGGAUAACUUUCCAAAGUCCAAAGAGUUUCGUCAUUCUCGUAUCCGCGGCUGAAGCCUGGCCACUGCGUGUAACCCGCAUGGCGUUGUGCGAAGUCGAGGGUCGUUACACUCAAAUUGACGGAGGGAGUGCCCCAUUCGGCAAGCGCAUGGAAGCGGUCUAG